CCCUCCCUCUCUUUCUCUCCCGCUCCCUUCUUCUCCCUUUCCCUCUUUCUCUCUUCCAACAUGAGCACUUCCGCCGACGCUGCCCAAUCUCUGGCGCAGACGACCAAAGACCAGACCUCACUGACCACUACCGAAGCCGCCGCCCUGGCUAGCAAUUCCAACGAUGCCUCGCGAGGACAGCCCGCCACCGCCGCCUCCGGUGCCUCCGAACUCGCCAGUACAAAGAUAACUCUCCUGAAGGCGCUCAAGCACUUCCCGGACUUCCCGAUCCCCGGCAUCAAGUUCGUCGACAUCCUGCCUCUCUUCCAGGACCCCGUCAUCCACGAGACCCUGCUGCGCGCCCUCGAGCUCCAGGUUCUCGAGUUCGGCGAGCAAGCGAAGCCCGAUGUGAUCGUGGGGUUGGAUGCGCGGGGCUUCCUCUUUGGGCCCUCGCUCGCCCUACGCCUGGGCGCGAGCUUCGUGCCUGUCCGCAAGAAGGGCAAGAUGCCCGGUCCCUGCGUGACCGCCGCUUACGAGAAGGAGUACGGGACCGACUACUUCCAGAUGCAAGAGGGCGCGGUGAAGCCGGGCCAGAAGGUGCUUGUGGUCGACGACAUUAUUGCUACCGGCGGCUCUGCUGCUGCCGCCGGCUCUCUUGUCAGGCAGUUGGGUGGCGAGUUGAUAGGAUACCUUUUCAUCCUCGAGAUCGCGGCGCUUAACGGCCGUUCCAAGCUGGGUGGCGUUCAAACAGUCACUCUGCUCGAGACGAACGAGUAAUCCUGGCAUUCGAAGUUGCUGUACUCCAGCUCGAUUGAACGACUCUCUUCUUCCAAACACAACGUGACGCCGCUCAAUCUCGGGAGCGGAAUAUCUUACAAUGCACUUGAGGUCUAUAAAACCAGGCCGCAAUAAUAGAGAGUGGGCUUGAAACCCCAGACUUGGGAAAGCUGGGCUCGAUCUCGUGUAUUUCUUUUUGGCUUACAAUGGGUUCGGAUGGAGGAGACCUUUUGCGUGAGGAAGGGGGACGGUUGGCUCUUUCCGGCGUUGGGGGUAAUCAAAAAAAGUUGAAGUGGGCAAAGCGGUCCAUGAGUGGGAUCGAGCUGUUGAGUCGCCGGGGCUUGCGUGAUAGACUCGGCAUCUUCUGAACUGCAUCAGCUUUAAUCGACUCACGCCCUAUAGGCACAUACCAAAAAUACAAAUCGUGCCGUUGAAUCUUC